AUCUCUUGCUCGCUCCUCUUCGAGCCUCGCCACCCUGGUACAACUACAACCCAGUAGAAUGUGAGAGUGGAGUCAUGAUGUAAGAAAAGCCGCAUCGCAUUGCUUUUAAGCAUAGAUACCAAGCCUUUGCCUCUCUAGCUACCUUGCUUUCCCAAUCACUACCAUGCAAGCCUCAAACACAUUCAAGAAGGCCUUCCUCAAGCGCAUGCUCCUGGGGCUCCAGCUAGCUGGUUUCUCAUCCAAGAGCAUGACCGUCCAAGAGAGAAAGAGCGCCAUCAAGCUCUCGGCCGAUGUCGCCAUGGCCUGCGCUAGAGGCAGCGCAAAUUGGAGUCGUGCCAUCAUCGCAGACCUUUCGAAACAGGAGAAGAACAAGGUCCUUCUGAGGAGCAUCCUCCGAAAAGAUUACGAGAGGCUGACCAGGCCAUGUCACCACACAUGGAAGAUCCCGAGAAGUAAGAAGAUCUUGAAGAGGAGCUUUAGAGUGUGUUCGAGGAGGAGGAAGGGUCUACGUGCACCACAAGGCCUUGCAACAAGUGUUCUUGCUAGGGUUUUGGUGAAGAAGAGGACUCGGGUGCUCAAAAGGCUCGUACCAGGCGGCGAGUCCUUGGAUGGCUCUUAUUUGCUGGAUGAGACCUUAGACUAUGCCAUCUCUCUUCGAGUUCAGGUUGAUCUCAUGCAGCGCCUUUCAAAAGCCUUUGAAGCCUCAAAAGUCGGAUCUCAUAACGUAUGCACGUUUCAGGCAAGAGAGGAUUCAUAUGCUGACAAAUGAGGAUUUCUGAGAUGGCUGCCUUUUGGACUCCAAAAACCAGAAGAGAAAAUACCUUCAGACAACUCUGGCCCAACAAAGGUUGCAAAGAGUGUAGCAUGGAAGGAAGUUUUAUGUACCUUAGCCCGUUAUCGCUAUUGGAGAGGGUGAAGUAUUUAUGUUGGUUUCUAUAUAAAGACCAAACCGCACAAAAGCACGAGCUUGGGUUUGUUAAUGAUUGUAAGAUUGUAUUGUGAAAGAAGGAUGUUAGGGUUUCCAGAGCUUCGGAUCACAUUUCCUUGCUAAUGGCAUUAUUAGCUAAUAAAUACAAGAAUGA